AUGUCGGUUCGCACGCGGACAGGAUUUUACCGUCAGGAGGUAAACAAAACGGCAUGGGAGGUUCCAGAGCGAUACCGCGAGCUAAAGCAGGUGGGGACUGGCGCCUAUGGGACAGUAUGCUCUGCCCAGGACCGCAGGACUGGGGUGAGGGUGGCCAUCAAGAAGCUCCACAGACCCUUCCAGUCAAAGCUCUUCGCCAAGAGGGCCUACAGAGAGCUCCGGCUCCUCAAGCACAUGAAGCACGAAAAUGUGAUUGGACUGCUGGAUGUGUUCACUUCCGAGAUCUCAUUGGACAGGUUUCAUGACUUUUACCUGGUAAUGCCAUUCAUGGGUACUGAUCUGGGGAAACUGAUGAAGAUGGAGAGAUUGUCACAGGACAGGGUGCAAUUCCUUGUAUAUCAAAUCCUGAAAGGACUCAAGUAUAUCCACUCUGCAGGGAUCAUCCACAGGGAUCUCAAACCUGGAAAUUUGUCUGUCAACGAAGACUGUGAGCUGAAGAUCCUUGACUUCGGGCUGGCUCGGCAGACGGACACAGAGAUGACUGGGUACGUCGUCACUCGCUGGUACAGAGCCCCCGAGGUAAUCCUCAAUUGGAUGCACUAUACCCAGACUGUGGAUAUCUGGUCGGUGGGCUGCAUCAUGGCGGAGAUGCUGCUGGGGAAGCCGCUGUUUAAAGGAAAUGACCACCUGGACCAACUGAAAGAGAUCAUGAAGAUCACUGGUACACCCACUGCAGACUUUGUUACGAAGCUACAAAGCCAAGAUGCCAAAAACUACAUACGGAGCCUUCCCAAAGUACCAAAGAAAGAUUUGCACUUUCUUUUUUCCAAAGCUAGCUCAGACGCGGUGUGUGUGCUGGAGCGCAUGCUGUUGCUGGACCCUGAGAGGCGUGUGAGUGCGUCGGAGGCACUGGCCAUGCCAUUUUUCAGCGAGUUCAGAGAACCAGAGGAGGAGACUGAGGCCCAGUCCUACGAUCACUCCAUGGACAACACAGACCUGCCCCUGGAACAGUGGAAACGUCACACAUUCACAGAGAUUCUGUCCUUCAGGCCUGCAGCAACAGAGACCAAGGACCCCAAAGAGACAUCACUCUGA